AUGCAUCUAUUGGCUUCUGACCACUGUCACCUCAGCCCCCUCAGCGGCUUCCACUCUGCUUCUCUAAACGUUAAAGCCCACAACGAGACACGUCAACGUGCAUUCAGUCAGCCUCAUUACUGCAGAGAGAACACACAAGAGAUCGUGCUUUUCUUUUGUUAGAAUGUUUCUGUUAAGUUUUUCCUUGUAUGCUGGCCUCCUGCUGUGCUUCCCUUGGUCCUCGACUGGAACGUGCAUUGAUGGGAAACCCCAAGAGUGCUUAGAGGCCGAAUUUGCUCCUGGAUCCAAUUUGGCCGGGGAAGGCUUUGACAUUACCAAGAUGCAGCGUAAAGGAGCGUUUGUUCUCAAUAUGAAUCGGUGGAAACGGAAAGACAAGACCUGUAUGCUCUGUAUGAACCCCUUUCUAGAGAACAAAAAGCAAAAGCUUCCCCUAAUUGUGGAGGACUGGAGGGCGAGGCAGUCCUGCAGCGCCAAGGUGUCUUCUAAACUUUACAAAUCCAGCAGGGCUCUGGUCAGCGGCAGCACCUCUUCUGUUGAAAACAACUGGAAGACAGGUUUAGAUGUUGAAGUAAAACAACAUUCUGGAAACCUGAUGCUGGCUGGGACCAACUCUAAACUGGCAGAAUAUGCCAUGGAAAAAACAAAGAAUGACAAGUUCAGCUUCGCAAGUACCAGCAUGUCGUGUGAGUACUACAGCUACAGAGUGUCCAGCACUCCCAUUCUGAGCAGAGAUUUCAACAAAGCUGUGGGAAAGCUUCCUAAAGUAUACAACCCACAGUACAAAUCUAGGUUUUACAAAUUCAUUGAGAACUUUGGGACACAUUACAUCACUAAGGUGAAGUUAGGAGGAAAGGUGGAGUCUGUGACCAGCAUUAAGAUGUGUGAAAUCAGCUUGCAGGGUCUAAAUACAAAUGAGAUUGAAAUGUGUCUGGAGGCUGAAGCGUCUGCAAGCGUCAAAGUUAGUGCGACAGUAGAAUCAAAGCACUGCCAAAAAACUAUAGACAAAAUGGAAAACAAGAAAUCCUUUUCUGACACAUUCAGAGACAGGUUCACAGAAGUAAAAGGGGGGCUUACUUCAGAUGGAGACCUUUUUUCUGCCAACAAAAAUCCAGAAGCCUACAAGGAGUGGCUUGGUUCAGUACCACAAUACCCAGACAUCAUUUCAUAUUCCCUUACACCACUUUACGAGUUGCUGCCUACCGACAAACAGGUCAGGAAAGACCUGCGCCUGGCUAUCAGCCAUUACAUUCUGGAGAAAGGUCUGCUGAGGAACUGCAGCAAUAGAUGUAAUGCUGGAAUAAAGAGUGACUCCCAGGAUCCCUGUGUCUGCCAGUGCCACAGUGAACCUGCUGUGAGCCCAGACUGCUGUCCAACACGAAAGGGAAUGGCCAGAGUUAUCAUAACAGUGCAAAGGGCUGAUGACCUGUGGGGAGACCACAGCACUGCCACGGACGGCUAUGUCAAGGUGUUUGUGAAUAAAGCAGAGGUUUACCGUACUUCUGUUAUUGAUAACAACAACAGCCCACGUUGGAACUCCAUCGUUGACUUAGAAACCAGGGACAUCUCUAUAGAGAAUUUGGUGCGAUUUGAAGUUUGGGAUCAGGACAGCAAAUGGGAUGACGAUCUGCUGGGAGCAUGUGAACGACAACUCUCCUCUGGAAUCAUGCAAGAUGUGUGCCCUCUCCAACAUGGUCGCUUUUUCUUCAAAUGGGAGGUGACAUGUAUUCCAAGUCUUGCUGGAAAAUCAUGCUUGGACUAUAAACCAUCACCCAUAAGUCAGAGCCUGAGGAGCUUUUACGUGUCCCGUCAUGAUCAUCCUAUUCCAAAAUCUAUCCUGAAGGAAAAGGGUGUUUUUUUGGAGGAAAGAGAAUCUUACAGGAAUGAGAGUCAGAUGGUGAAAUCCUUUGAAUGAUACUCUACAACAACUGCUUUAAUACUUAAGAUAUCA